UGGGUCAGGGGCCAUUUUGGAAGCAUCUGGCCAAGCUCCGCUUCCUGUCCGAAUAUGGAGAAGGUAAAUGGCAAGGAGUGGACCUCCACAGAGAAGGUGAGGGAAGAGGAUCAGCAGGCUUCUAAUCAACCAAACACAAUUGCUUUGCCGGGAACAUCAGCGAAGGGGGGAACCAAAGGAAAAGUAUCUGUUAAAGGUGACAAAGUGCUCUGCCCUAAGAAGAAGGCAGACUGUGAUACCCCCAGACCUCAGAAGAAGAUACCAAUCCCUCCCUUACCCUCUAAACUGCCACCUGUUAAUCUGAUUCACCGGGACAUCGUACGGGUCUGGUGUCAGCAAUUAAAGCUGAGCACCAGAGGCCAGAAACUGGAUGCAUAUAAGCGCCUGUGUGCCUUUGCUUACCCAAACCAAAAGGAUUUCCCUAGCACAGCAAAAGAGGCCAAAAUCCGGAAGUCAUUGCAAAAUAAAUUAAAGGUGGAAAAAGGGAAAGCGUGCCUGCAGAGUUCUGGGACACAGCCUCCUCAAGUGGCCCUUCCCGCUGCGGAGGGGCUGCCUGCUCUGGAAGGGUCCACUGCUCUCCUUGAGGGAGUUAAUAUGGUUGUGGUGACAACUUCUGCCCCAGAGGCUGUGCUGGCCUCCUGGGCAAGAAUUUCAGCCAGGGCAAGGACGCCAGAGGCAGUGGAACCUCCACAAGAAGCCAGUGGUGUCAGGUGGUGUGUGGUCCAUGGGAAAAGUCUCCCUGCAGACACAGAUGGUUGGGUGCACCUGCAGUUUCAUGCUGGUCAAGCGUGGGUUCCAGAAAAGCAAGAAGGGAGAGUGAGUGCGCUCUUCCUGCUUCCUGCCUCCAGUUUUCCACCCCCGCACCUUGAAGACAAUAUGUUGUGCCCCAAAUGUGUUCACAGGAACAAGGUCUUAAUAAAAAGCCUCCAAUGGGAAUAGAAUAUCAGGAAAAAGGCCAUAUCUAUGAUAAUUAAUGG